AUGUGGGAAACUUUUGAACUUCCUAGAGACUUGUUGAAUGGCUUUGACCCAAAUGCUGAUAGUGAUAUGGACAAUAAAGUCCCGACUGAGGUGGUGUCAGAUGGAGAUGAGGAACUUGUUGGGAACUGGAGCAAAGGAAUACACCCUGACUUUGGUGGACACAGGCAUUUGCGUAACAAAGCUGAUUUCAUAAAUAAUUUGGGAACCAUUGCCAAGUCUGAGACUAAAGGAUUUAUGGAGGCUCUACAGGCUGGUGCAGACAUCUCCAUGAUUGUCAGUUUGAUUGAAAAUGUGCGUUCAAAUGAGGAGGAUGACAGUGGUAAGUAUAAGAAAAAGAAAACCGAGAAGAUCAAAGAGAAAUACAUUGAUCAGGAAGAACUAAACAAGACCAAGACUAUUUGGACAAGAAACCAUGAUUACAUCACCCAGGAGUAUGGAGAAUUCUGUAACAGCCACACUAAUGACUGGGAAGAUCACUUGGCAGUCAAGCAUUUCUCUAUAGAAGGUCAGUUGGAAUUCAGGGCAUUGUUGUUCAUCCCUUAUUGGGCUCCUUUUGACCUCUUUGAGAACAAUAAGAAUAAAGACACCAUCAAACUCUAUGUCCUUCAUGUGUUCAUCGUGCACAGCUGUGAUGAGUUGAUAUCAGAGGAUCUCAACUUUAUCUGUGAAGACAAAGAGAAUUACAAGAAAUUCUAUGAGGCAUUCUCUAAAAAUCUAAUGUUUGGAAUCCCCGAGAACUCCCCUAACUGCUUCCAGUCUCGAGAUGGGAUGACAUCUCUGUCAGAAUAUGUCUCUUGCAUGAAGGAGACAUGGAAAUCCACCUACUACAUCACUGUUGAGAGCAACGAACAGGUGGCCAGCUCUGCUUUCAUGGACCAUUAUGGAGCAGAUUGUGAAAGCCCAGGCACUUUGGGACAACUCUAUGAUGGGUUACUUGAUGGCCAAAGAGCACCUGGAGAUCAACGUGACCACACCGUUGUGGAGAUGCUGUGGCAGAAGGCUGAGGGGGAUAAGAACGACAAGGCUGUCAAGGACCGCAUGGUGCUGCUGUUGAAAACCAAGCUGCUCUUCUGGCUUCUUCCUUGA